AUCCGCCCCGAUUUUCUUCUUCGCUUUCUCUCUCUACUGUGAUGACACUGAACAGUUGAUGGUGUUACAGAACCCUGCAUCAACAGCUUCGUUGUUAUUCGCCACCACAAGAAGGAUUUUCAUGGCAUCCUCAGCUCUAGACUACAGUUUGCUGGUUCUAUGUGGAAAAUCACUCGCAGAGAAUGAAACUGCUAUAGCCAUUAAGACCAAUAACACUCUCAAGCUUCCUGAUAAGGGAGAAUUAUCCAUUGUUUUGCAUUCAGAAUUCAAUAAAACUGUUGUGCAACAACACUCCUUCAAAUUUAGUUCCUAUGUGAAUUCUCUUUCCACCAAUCAGUUUGGCAGGUUUCUCAUAUGGUCUCCAAUGUUAUCUUCAACGCAUGAUGUUGUGUCACAUAAUUUUUGUGAGCUUCCGAUUGGGACGGUGUGUGUUGCUGAUAUUCAGAACAAAGGACGAGGUCGGUCGAAGAAUGUUUGGGAGUCUCCAUUAGGUUGCCUCAUGUUUUCUUUUACUCUGCAAAUGGAGGAUGGACGGGUCGUUCCUUUAGUUCAGUAUGUGGUUUCCCUGGCUAUCACGGAGGCGAUCAAGGAUAUCUGUGACAAAAAUGGAUUACCGUGCAUUGAUGUCAAAAUCAAGUGGCCAAAUGAUCUAUACUUAAAUGGAUUUAAAGUUGGAGGCAUUCUUUGCACCUCAACAUAUAAAUCAAAGAAGUUCAAUAUCAGUGCAGGGAUAGGAUUGAAUGUAAAUAAUGAAAAACCAACAACUUCCUUGAAUUCAGUUCUAAGAGAAUUGUCUGUGGGAGCUUACCAAUUUCAAAGAGAAGAUGUUCUGGCAGCCUUUUUUAACAAAUUUGAGAAGUUUUUUGAUCUAUUUACGAAUCAAGAUAUCUUGUUGGGGAAGAAAGGGAGAAUUUCAGGAUGUUCUUAAAAGGGACUAGCAAUCAUAGAUUGCAACCUCUUUCGAGGGAGAACUUUGUUGAUCUUCAGAAGAUGCUGAAAGGGGAGCAUAACGACUGAAGUUCUCGUAUGGUGGUUGAUGUUUCAGUGAUGAGGGCUAAGAUCUGUGCUAUUGUGUUGCUCCGAAAUAGCAACAAAAUUUGGGAGACGACAAGAGCUAGGGAUGAAGUAGAGCCACCGGAGCUAUCCCAAAAGCCAAGUGGGAAAGAAUUGACAUUUGGAGUCUAACUAGAAACAUGAUGGGCCAGACGCAAACUGGUCUCAGUCAUUGGACUUCUGAAAACAGACAAUUUUAAAUGGGAAAUUCUGCCACCCAAGCUUAUAUUUGGAUUUAUGGACCAAGUUAAAAUUUAUGGAGUAUACAAAGAGUGUCGCAACAUAUAGCAGAAUGGCAUAAAAACAUUGAUGAUCACUCAGUACAGCAAUUAAUGUUGGACCUUAUAUGUACAUUGAGCCUGAGGAAAAAUUGGAAGGAAUUGCAGAACAGUUAGUUUGCUAAGACUUUCUUAGGGCUUAGUUAGUAAAAUGAAUAGGGAGAAAUGUAGGGGGGAAAGAAUCAUUAUGAGAAUUUGUUAGUUGGUAAAAUAAGUAGAGAGAAAUGUAGGGUGGAGAGAAUCAUGAUGUGAAUUUGAUAGUUGUUGUGAACAGAUAAAUACAUAAGAAAACCCUUUGAGAUCUCCCCUCCUAUUCUCAAUCUUUACUCAAUAUAAUUUUGCUCUUUCUAUCAAUUUUUCCUUUCAAUAUUUUUGGGUUCUGAACAAUAAUGGUAGGAGCCUAGUGGAAAUGUUUCAUGUACCUUAGUUCAUAUCCAAGAUGGAGAAAAAGAAAAACCGCACACUCGACUUCUAAGAUCAGAUUCAUGUGAUGUUUUACCUUUCCCCUUGGCUUUGCCAUACAUGUAUAAAUACAUCAAAUUCAAUGUCAAUUGUUGUCAUCAAAUGUUUAAAUUGGUUCGUGAAGUGACAUUGAAUCGGUCCCGAGAACUACAAAGCUAAUAAGAUGGAUCCUCUCAUGUUAGAGUUUCAUAUAAUCUUGUCAUUCAUUUGAAAAUUUUGUUUCUGUUAUUGAAAUUAAAUAAGUUCCUACUAAGUUUUAUAUUGGGUCUAACUGAAUUCUUACAAAAAAGGCUUUUAAGGUAAAAGAUGUCACUCUUUAUAAACUCAUUUCAGGCCUUAUCUCUUAUGAGUGGGAACUUGGGUUUUUCAGUAUACCCCUCACACCUAACAUUAUUGGGGCUUGGUGCGUGGAUGAGCAUAAAUAGUGAGUGGGUGGCUCGAUGGAUAGACUAUGAUACUACAUUAAUCUAUAUAGAAAUAUAUAAACAUAAAAGUUGUACAUGAGAAUAUUUAUUCCCUAAACUAAUUGUUUUAUUUUAUCAUCUUGUAAAGUUUCUGGUUUAGAGAUGACUAAUAUGAUGCUGUAUACCUUUGGUAGACAGAAAUUGACAUUUACUCAAAAAUAAGAAAUGAACAACCAAAAUGGUCUGUUUUUUGUUAAAAUCUUAUGUUGAGUUGUUCCCAAAUUUCAACUUUUCUUAAACUUACUAUAUUUUGUUCUGCUUAGCUGUGAGGCACACACAGUAUACUCUACCUUAUUGUGUAUAAUAUUAAGAAAAUUUGUAACUUAACCGAUUAUGCU